UGACCACGUUGUCACGAACAAACGAGAAACGCGUGCGGUACGGACAGACGUCGAACGAUGCGUUGCUCCGGUCGGAGGCUUCUGCUAUGGCUGGCGGUCGUUGUUCCCAUCGUUCUGCUCGUACGUCACAUGGUGAAUCGUGGAUAUCGAAACGGGAUCCCAGAGAUCGGUAACGACGACGACGACGACAACAACAACGACGACCACGUCGUUGUCCAUACGGCCAAGAGCCAAAGGAUCAGCUCGCGACCGAAGAAUGCGGUAAUACCACAACCGGCCAUUACGACACCUGUGUUUGUCGCAGGCAUGUACAUGGCUGGUGAACCGCCCGGGAACAGUACGUGCCGAUGGUACCACGGUCUGCCAGAUAGCAUUACGUAUCCGUCGUCGAUAGUCACCUGGAGCCCGGAAAUCGGUGAGAAGAGCCCCUACAGAGUCCUACCGUUUGUAUUAGUCGGAACCGAGGCGAGUGACAAGUUGCCCGAGGUGACCCUCUGCACCCACGCCACCGCGGAUCAUGUCUAUGGGAUCGUGGAGUUGGUCAGGAGAUGGGAGGGACCGUUGAGUCUCGCCGUUUUUACGCCCGGCGACGACGCUGGCAUCGCCGUUGCUCUCCUCGAUCGGGCCUGUCGAUGCGAACCCGAAAUGUACAAGGUCUCCGUGCAUUUGGUAUUCCCGACGAGUCGGCCGCCCGCAUUGGAACGUACCACGCGUGGAGCCCCGGGUGAUUGCGCCGCGUCCGAUCUCCAAACGGGGGAAGCAGACACCGAAAGAAAGCGAAACGGCAUGAUGUAUCCGAUUAACGUGGUCAGAAAUGUCGCCAGAACGCGGGCGAACACCAGUCGGGUGUUGGUUACGGACAUUGAACUUUUGCCCAGCGAGAAACUCGCUUCAGGUUUCAUGGAGAUGGUACGCGGAAGACCGCCAAAAACUGGUGUUGUCUUCGUCGUGCCAGUUUUUGAGAUAGAAUCCCGUAGACAGCCGCCCUCGACAAAGAAACAGUUGCUCCUGGCCACGAAGGCUGGCGUGGCCGUGUAUUUUCAUAGAUUCCUCUGUUCACAUUGCCAGAGGUUCCCUGGUCUUACUAGAUGGAUGAUCAGACCGGACCCAGGCAAGGUCAGACCACUUAUUAUCACCAAAAGGGAGUAUCCGCAUCAUAGAUGGGAGCCCGUUUUUAUCGGAACUCGCGACGAUCCUUUUUAUGCAGAAGAUUUGUCCUGGGAAGGCAGACAGGACAAGAUGAGUCAGAUGUUCGAGAUGUGUCUUUUAAAUUAUCGGCUGGUCAUACUAGACGGUGCCUUUUUAGUUCAUACGCCAGGUAUUAAACGAAAAACGGUAAAAGUCGACGCGGCGAGGCAAGAAUUCCUGAAAUUUCACGAAAGAAGAAACGCGCGGAUCUAUCAGCGUGUAAUUAAGCGACUACUGAAACGAUAUCCCCCGAAUCGUAAAUGCGCGCACCGAUAG